AUGACUAUCUCCCUGUCUAACACCAUAAAAGUACACUUACUGAAUGAAACAAAGCUCAUAUAUUUUUGUUUUGAUGCGAGAACUUAUAUUUGGGACGAGAAUAAAAUUCCCAAGUAUCAUCCAAGUUUGUUCCAGACAGACGGGCUGCUGGUGCCCCGCACGAUGUGCGACUACAAGUUCACCAGCUCGUCGCGAUUGAUACCGCAGUACGGGCGAUUCUACUCGUCGCAGUACCCGUCCUCCUAUCCGAAGAACAUCCGGUGCUCCUACCUCUUCCGGGCGAGAUUUAAGGAGAGAAUCCGUCUGGUCUUUGAGGAGAUCUCCCUGCAACAAGGAGACCUGAGUUGCCUGAAUAGGGCGGAUUUAAUCAGGGUGCACGACGGAACGGAUUCAGAAGCGCCCACAAUAGCCGUGCUCUGCAACCAAGGAGCGGAAGUAGAGGUACUCAGCACGGGACGAGACCUCUUCGUCGAGUUCAUCGCUAAUUCCGAGUGGCCGGGCCAAGGCUUCAAGGCGAAGUUCCAAUUCCAGCCAUUGGACGAGGCGCCGCAUCCUGAGCUGAACAAGGUCGUCCCAGGGGCUGUUACGGGAAACCCCAAGCACUCGGUCAUCGGGCCGGCUGUCAGCGCUACCACGUCAUUCUGCGACGUGGUUUACAGCAGCGAUUCCACGAAAACUGGCGUAGUCACAUCGCCAGCGUAUCCGAAUCCAUAUCCAUCCAGGACACACUGUACUUACGAUUUCCGAGGAAGAGGAAAGGAACGGGUGCAGGUGGUAUUCCAGGACCUGAAUCUGUAUCAUACGUCGAGCGACACGAACGACUGCGAAGGGGUCGACUCGUUAGUGGCAUACGUGCACAUAGAUGGCAAGAAGGACAAGAUAGACUCGUUCUGCGGGGAUACACCCCCGCGGCCUAUCAUGAGCAACGGUCCAUGGCUUUCUCUGGAGUUUCAGGGGUUAACAUCAUCCCGCCAUUCGAGAGGCUUUAAAGUGACAUAUUCUUUCAUGGAAAACUUCGGUAUAACGACAGGACGGCAGGAGGAGAAAUAUCCGUGUGCCUUUGUUUUCAACAGCAACGAGACCCGCAACGGUACGUUCGCGUCGCCGAAUUACCCUGGGCUAUACCCUCGUAACACAGAGUGCCACUACUUCUUCAAUGGUCACCUUAGCGAGCGGGUUCACCUUCAUUUCCACUUCUUCGACGUCGAGGGCGUGUUACCGUGUGACGCUGUAUCAGCCAGCGAUUAUGUUGAAUUCUCCAACUACGUGGGGAGAGAUCGAAAGUAUCCGAGGCACUGCGGUCAACUGAAAGAAUUCGACGUUAACAGCGAUAGGAAGUUCUUUCGCGUAACGUUCAAGAGUAACGAUCGUCUCGACGCCACAGGCUUUAAUGCCAGCUACGUGUUCUUGGAUGAGGAGGAAAAUUACACGGUGAAGAUACCUGUGAGCAGCGGAUCGGUAUGGCACGGUGUCGCGCCACCGCCACCGCCAUUGCUGUUAUUGCUGCUGAUGCUGAUGAGUCGCCUGCUUGUCGGUCGGGUGAUGAAUUAAUAAGCAGCCACGGUCACAUUCGGAUGGAUCCUGGCUCAAUUUACAACGAACUGCAACUUCGAGAUCAAGAGCCAUCCAGAAAAAAAAAAA